AUGACGCCCUCCAUUCCUGAAGAAAUUACCACCGCACUUGAAUUGCUGGAUAAUGUAGGAGCCACCGUCAAUACAAUCGCAAUCAACCUUGGAGCCAAUAGACUCGACAGGAGGAGCUUCCGGAAAUAUCUUCGCGAUUACGCUGAGCGCGCCGCGUCCGAUGGCCAACUCAUUAAUGCUUCGAGGAGAGACACCCCUCAAUGUGCCAACCGUGGCUUGCUUCUAGCGUAUUCCCAUAUGGAGUUGAUAUGCUGGCUUGCAACAAACAACUAUACCAUCUCAUCUUCGUCCGUCAAAUGGUACAGCUGGAGGAAAGUACUCUCGAAAUACCGCCUCCCCUUACUUGGAGUUUCGCCGCAAAAGUCCCAUUUAUUAAGGCAAUUGCAAAAUAUCAAGAAAAUAGCAGAUCAGGUAUACGCGGAAAUCGAUGCAAAAAAUAUCCCUGUCUUACCAGACUCUGUGAAAUACCGCAGUGUCUCCGUAUGUCCGCCGGUUGAACCUCCACCAGGAAUGGGCGAUCUUAUUCAUCGGGCCACCCUUGCCCACAAGCGGCUCUCCCAGUGA